UCCUGCAAGCAGAAGGACGAGGAAUACCGUUGGGCUUUAAUUUAAAUUCCAACAGGAUUUAAAUAUUAGACUAAUAACCUUCUACUACAGCGUACCCGACAGAUUGGACUCUGCCUGGAAAAUGCGGGGUGACUCAGGCGGCGCAUGUUCUCGUUAGGAGGAAACUAACGCUCCUAUUCCCGCGACAUCAUCAUCAUCCCACAUUAGUGAGGAGCUCCUCGGUCCUGCACGGCAGCAGCAGCUCCGGGAGGCGUGCUGAGCCGCGCCACAAGAGGAGCCGAGCGGGCUUCCACCUGGACUCCCCGCAGCAUCCAGACCAACCAGACAAUAACAAGAAGAGAGGACGCCUCGUUUUUUUUUUUUUUUUUUUGCUUGAUCCUCCACCAGAGAGGGGAGGGAAAAGAAGAGGGGGGGAAAUGUCAUCCACGGAUCGAUCAGUUGGAGCGCGUUGAGGCCCGGAGCGAUGCAGUCUCUUUUCGGUGGAGGGGAGCUGGGGCUGCUGGGCGGAGGAGGCAGCGACGCAGGAGGCCUGAAGGAGGACGGCUGCGGCAGCAUGGCGUGGAGGACCUCGCCCCUUCCGACCGACGACGUGUACUCUGCUUCCCACUUCACCCUCAUCUCCGCCUACCAGGAAAUCAAAACGAGACUGUCCAGCCUGGAGCGAGAGAACACCAGCAUAAAAAGGAAGCUGAAGAUCUAUGAGAUCAAGUUCCCGAUGAUUAGCGAGUUUGGGGAGGACACCAACUCCUACUGCUCCUUCGAGAGUAAAGACACAGCGCUGCUGCAGUCAGAAAAUGGCAACCUGCACCAGAGAGUCAACGUCCUGACCCAUGAGCUCCAGAAGAGAAAGGAGAGGGAGGAGCAGCUGGAGGAUGUGAUCCAGGCCUACGAGAAGAUCCACAUGGAGAAGAACAACCUCCAGAGGGACCUCGACAAGAUGACGAACCUGGUGGAGAAACACGUCGAGCGGAUCCUCAACCUGGAGUCCGCGCUGAGGCAGAGGGACGAGUCCCUGCAGAAGCUCAACAUGCAGCUGCACAGCAAAGACAUGCAGUAUCUGCAGCUCCACUCCGGCCCUGACAAACACAUGUUGGACUGUCCCGCCCUGACCCUUCAGAGCUCGCGCAGCCUGGACACCCUGUCCGACCUGAAGCUGCAGCGGCUAGAGGCGGAGCUGGAAGGGGCGCGGCACGAAGCCCAGGGGGCGUGUCAGCGAGAGGAGGAGAUGAAGGCAGAGGUCGAGCGGCUGAAAGACGAGAUGCGACAGCUGCAGAACGACCAGAGGGAGAGGGAAAUGACUUCUCCGUGCAAGCAGUGCGAUGUGGAGUGGAUAAAGAAGGUGGGAGAUGAGCAGGUGAAUUUGGCUCUGGCCUACACAGAGUUAACGGAGGAACUGGGACGCCUCCAAGCGCUGUGCUCCAAGCAGACGGAGAUCCUGAGAAAAGCGGCGCAGGAGCCGGCCAGCCCAGUGCAGCUUCACUCUCCCAUCCACCACCAGCGCCACUCUCCAGUAUCCCAGCGCCACUCUCCCAUCUCUCAGCGCCAUUCACCGGUGCCGCCGCAUCACUCCCCGAUCCAGCAGCGCCGCUCUCCUGUGCUGCAGCGCCUCUCCCCCGACAUGCACCGCCGCUCCCCGCUUCUCGACGUCAGCGAUGGACCUGCCUCCUAUUCCUACCGACCCCCCACCCAGCACCUGAGAGCCAGCUUCCAGGGCCGCCGCAGCUACUCAGAGGUAGCUGACCCUUCCGCUUACCAGUGCCCACCCCGCUUCUCCUUAGACCCAGUCUCCACCCUGCCAAAGCCACGGCCCUACGUGGAGGGCUACUCUAAGCAGCAGCCCCAACACAUCGGCUCCCCUCACAGUGGACUGCAGCAUCGAGGAUCCCCGUCUCCCCUUCAGGCUGGGGCCGGUGGAGACAGCAGCAUGGGCGAGAGCUCCAUGCGCCACUCCAGAGAGAUGCCUUUCCCCCUGUCAGAGGUGGCACACCUUCAUUUUGAGCCUCCUCCUCCUUCCACGCCUGCCCCCCAACCACCACAGUCUUCUGAGGAUGAGGAGGAGUGGACCUGUCCGCAUCCCAUCAGCCCCCCGAGGACUCUGGGGGUGCUCUCUCCUGGUGUACCCAGCAGUGUCAUGAGGGGCCCUGCCUCCUGCACAGCCUUCCCCAUCCCUCAGAGGCCCAAUAACCUCAGCUGCCACCCCCAGCAGGGUUACCCAACAUCCGAGCACGCUCAGUCCUGGCCUUCCAUCAACCUCUGGAUGGAGAGUGAGGAGAACGACAUGAGGAGCUGCCCUCUCUGCCAACUGAUUUUCCCCGUCGGAUAUCCCGACGACGCUCUCAUCAAGCACAUUGACUCCCACCUGGAGAACAGCAAGAUAUGAUCGCCAUGGGCCAGCCGACCUACACGCACACAACUGCUCUCUUUCCUUUUAAAAGGUUUAUAUAUAAGAGAACGGCAGAUUUGUCCAAAUAGAGAGUCGCGUGUAGGAAUCGCAUUUAGGGGUGAACCACUUCGAUUUUUGUCAGAAUCUGUAGGUGUCGGUAGAAAACGACAGAAAGGAUUUGGCUGUUUGAGAAGUUCUGAAACAGGUCCGUCUUGGAUUUGUGGACGCCAUCGUUAGAGUCCUUUACUGAUUGCCCUUCAGACAGGUUUGUUGCUGUAAUCACUGGCUCUGGUUGCGGCUGUUUUUCUCAUAGUUUGAUAAAGCGUCAGAUACCUUUCCAUUUGUCCUCUUCACAGUGUGGUACGCCUUUAUUUAGCCGGGUAAGCCAACCCUGAUGCAUGAGAGGCACACUGGCCGGUUCAAGGGGCUCAGCACGCCUUAAAGUUAGUCUCAGCUUUUACCGGUAUCUGAUCAGGGAGAUUUGAGUCUUCAGUUUGAAUAAUAUGUCGAUUAUUUUGCAGUUCAUCCUGUGUAGCAGGAGCCAAGGUAAAAAAAAAAAUCUGGUAGAAGUUGGGUUAAUUGAGUGAAGACAUGUGGAAAGGUGUUUUUUGAUGGUGAAAGAAGUUAAUUAGAAAGUGACACAAGUUGGGAGUUUCUACCAGUUUACUUUUUUAAAAACAAGACAGUUAAGGGAGUAUAAAGCAUUCCACUUUCACAUUCACCUUCUGGCAAACAAAUGGACAAGCUGGAGAAAGUGAACCUAAACCACGUCUGAUUGAGCUUAAAGUUUCUUUUACAUAAAAACAGUUUUGAUAAUGCCCUGCAGGGCAGGGCCCCCUGUGAGGAAAUGUCUUCUUUUUUUAAAACGAUGGGGAUGUUUUAAUCAGAAUAUACCUUCUUAUGCUUGCGGCCUGUUCAAAAAGUAUCCUAGCACUUUAAGUUAACAUUGCCUAUAAAAUGUAUGUCGUCAGUGUCCGUACGCACCGAUCAGCCACAAUGUGUGUCAGCUCUGAUUAUGUAUUACCUGGGCGCAAGAGAACAGGGAGUUCUGCAGGACUGAAAUCAGCUUGACAAAUAAUGAAAGAAAUUUUAAGUUGUGUCUUCUCCGGUCUAUGUAAAUGUUAGUUACAUUAAAGGUAAGGAAACCAGCAGUGGAUAAACGAGCCACCAAGACUUAAACGUUGGGAGCGAAGGUUGCCUUGGUUCGUCAUUUUACAGACAAGCUGUUGUCGUCCAGUCUGAUGAGGGGUGUGAUACACAUCGAACACCCAAGCUUGGACUGUGUAGUCACAGAUCAGUCAGGAGCUUAAGAACUGGGUGACUGGCAACUCGACCACGGAGCAACGGACGGCCAGGUGCAUAAUCUUCCCUUGUGAACAGAUUGCAGACAGCACCGAAGUAAGAUGGAGAACGGGAGCUUUUGGGUCCAUGUGGUACACAACACCUACCUAAUUGUUGGAUGUUGAUAGCAACAGAAGUCCUCUUUAAGAAGGGUUAUGUGCCCUGCAACACCACCUGUGGGACAUGUUGGACAAUUACUUCCUAUCCAUGGACAGCCUGCCGUACAUCCUCGAGGACUCCUUCACAGAGGGACACGCCAGUCAAUACUGGGGAGGUGGUGUUAAAGCUGUGGCUAAUUGGUGUGUAGAUUUUUAGAUUUUGUGUCUAAUUUACAUUUUAUUUUGUCUACAUCUAUGGGACAAAAUGUGUACAUGAAGAUAUAUUUUUGCAAUGUUUAAAUGUUUAUGCACCACAUGUGUUAUGUUGGUGAUAGGUUUCUCCCAUGUCUUUGCACACUUCUAUAAAUAUAAAUGGGAGACAAGGGUCAAAUUCCUAACACAUGAGGUACUUUUCUGUAGAAAGACUAAAUUAUCCAAUGGGGAACUCUCCUAUGUCUUUCUUGAGUUCUAAUCUUCAUCACAGUUUGAUGUCAAGCGGCCCAGACCACCGAACAAAAAAAACCUAAAAAAAAACAAGCUGCAUGAGAUUUCCAUCUGAAAUACUAUAUCCAAACAGAUGAAACAGCUCCUGACAGCAAAGUUAUUUUUCCAGGGUUCAAGCAAAGACAAUACUAUUAUUUGAUAGCUGGAUUUAUUUCUUUUUAAUCGCUAAUGUGACUUGGAAUAAGAUCUACUUGUGAUACUCUUUAUCUUUGUAAAACGAAAAAGGAAACAGAAACAAUAUUAUACUGAUGUCACCUGCUCUGAGGUUUUCAGUCACAUUGUCAUUCUAUAAUGUAGGGGAGGUCCCCACACAGCAACCCAUUUAUUUUAACUGGUUGGAGGUUUUUUUGAAGAGCUGAAAGGCUGUAGAUUAGAGUAUGUCGGGCAGAGAAACCGGCUCAAAAACUAACAGCAGAAAUGUUUUGGAGUAUUUUGGAGUACGUUGAAGAAUAGAGUUUCAACUGUGCUGUUAUGGUUUAAGGAUAAAACAUCCAUUGAAAAUAAUAUUAAAGGACAACUCUGGUUUACUACCUCUAUUAUUACCUUCAGUUUAUGUGGCCACAGGGAUAACCAAGCAUUGUUUUUUUUUUGUUGGACUGCCCAGCAUUCCCUCAUUAAACCAGUAGUAUACAUUUUAUUGUGUUACAACAUCUAUUUGUUACUAUGCUCCUUUGCUGUUAGAAAGUAUACAAUGCAGAUAAUACUAUGUUAUGUGCAUUGAUUGUAGUAGCCACAACAACUGACAUAUCCCACUGUUCUUUUGACUUCAAAUUACAACAUGGUUAAGUUCCAAUUUACAGUUUUUAAUUUCCUUCGCUCAUGAAACAGAUUUCCCAGAUAACCCAUACCAGUUUAUCAAAAAAAAAAAUUGAGCUCUCUGAAAAUAAGCUGUUGUUGUUGUUAAGUUGUAAGAGGCUAACUGAUGCCAACCUAGCAAGGUUGUUGCUAUUACAGAAACAGUACUACAUCUUUAUUUUCUUCCUGCAGUGACAACUUGUAAAAAUACUUCCUCUACAUUAUAAUGCUUUAGUUUUGUCACAAGGUAAUUAAAAAACAAGCAGUAAAAUCCAAUUUGUUUUGGAAAAACCUUUGAGAUAAUGUACUGUCAGCUAAAACUAUAAUGUAAAUCUUUAAAUGACAUUUUUCAGGAACAAAUAUAGCAACAGAAAAUGACUAAUGAUACGGUCACACCAAAUGCGAUCCAGGCAAGUUUUUCCCUUGCCAUUGGACACUUUUCGCCUCUCUUUCACAAACCAUCCAGGCUGACAACAUAGCUUUUUCCCUUCAGCUCGCUUCACCACGUCAUCAAAUAGGAGGAGUGUGUAUUCGUUUCCUCCUGUCUGGUAAACCCACUGUUAGAUGUAUUUUGCUGAGCAGGUCACUGUUCUGUAUUUAUUGUUGGAGACAUAAACUACAGGGAUCUUGAGUCAAUCAUUGCUCAAUAAAAAUAUAGUCUAAUUGUACUGUCUAAAUAGGUAAGACAAAAAAUGUGCUUAAAUAAAUGGACGAGGAGGAUCCUUAAUGUGACGAGAAUUGACGGACAAGUUAAAAUUUUUUAACUUGACUGAAAUUUCGCUUUGGUGUAUUUGCAGUUUUGCUUCGCUCUACUUGCACAUUUCGUCCUACCCGCAUCGCUCGAAACAUCUCGCGGACCAUUAAUUUGCUCCUGAAUGUGUCUUUACACAGGGAUAACUUAUAAAUCACUCACUCCAUUUGUCUCAUUCACGUUCGGUGUGAACACAUCUUAAGGCUAAUGAAACACGGCAUUAAAAGAUAACCCGUAACAAUCUAACUAUAUUGAAAAGCUACUUGGUAAUAAUAUAGAGAAAGCAGAAAGAUGCUACAUGGUAGCCUACCAGCCUAGCAAAGUUUUUACUAAUUAAUUACUAAAAAGUAAUUUAGGUUGCUAACAUUAACUCUUAACAAGCUAGCAAGGCUGUUAUAGCCUAAGCCUUCCAGAACAGGCUAGCUGUUCUUUAUUUUCUUUUUGUAGUGAUAGCCUCUGAAUCCAGUUUUUAACUUGCACAUGAAAACUUCAGUUUUAUGACUAUUUCAUUGAGUGCGGCAAUCCCAAAUCCAAGUUGUAAUUUCUAAAGCUAAUGAACCAUUACGCCAACCAACCUAGCUAAGUCAAUGGAGCUAACUGGUACCAAUCAUCAAUGUUGUCUCAUGAUAACCAAAUGAUAAAAACCUAUUUAGGCUAUUGAAACUUAACUUUUUUAAUAAAAUGGUUAAAACUAGCAUGUGCCACUGUUUAUUUUCUAUUAGUAGCGAUGACUUAGAAAAAUUGCUUCAUUACAAUACAGUUUUGAGAUGUACUUAUUUUUCCCAUAGAUAAAAGUAGAUGGCAAUCAUACACUUCUUUAGAAAAAAAUCUAAUUUUAUUCAUGUAACAUGGACCAUGUAGGAUUUUUACGAUUAGAAUAUCCAGUUAGUACUAUAUCUUGAGUAUUCUGUGCUAAUUCACUUUUGCACUGAGCUCAUAUAGAGUCAAAAAUGAAAAGAGAUCUUGUUAGUUAUCAAUUGGAUGGAUGGAUGGAUGGACUUAACAAAUUUAAACCUAAACCAAACCAUAGAUUUUUACUGAAAAUAACAACGGUUAAGGAAAACCGAGUGAAAUAAAAUGGUGACAGAAAGCGACAAAAGAAUAAAUAAUCACAUUUUCUUUUCUUUAUUGCAGUUUUUUAAGGAAAGAGUUUAAAUGAUUUAUUGAGUUUACUGGCACUAAGCAGGAUUCCUUCCAACAGGUUUUAACUCUGAAUUAUGAUCUUAACUGUAAUUAAAAAUAAAUACAACUUCUCAAUGUUAGAUACAGUUUUUUAAUAAAAGAAGCUAAUACCAAAAGUUUUUAAAAAAAAAUUUAAUUUAAUUAUUUUAGAUAAGUUCUUGAAGUGACAGUUACAUAAUGAAAAAUCAGUGUAAAAAUACAGACUUUCUGUUUUAUACUCACUUCAAAACCGAGGUUAAGUUUUAGAAAUCACAGCCCUUUGUUAUGUGAAACCCCCUUUUGCAGAGAUGAUGUAAAGCAUUGUCAGACUUCCAUGUCCUGUAAAAAACAAAGGCUUAAGAGUUUCCGUUGUUACAUUAUAGUGUUGUGCUUUGCCAGCAACUUAGGUUUUUGACAGAAUAUUGUUGAGCAACAGAAACAAUUUAAAAGUGUGCUUAGGCCGGUUGAUCAAAUAAACAAUUGCAGGCCAUACAUAUGAGAAUCCCUGACAUCGUUACCUUCUUUUAAAGUUCAGAUGUUCAGGGGGAGAGCAGAGAAAUCUAAAGAUAACGAUCUUUUUUCCUUGUUUUCUUUUUUUGGAGGAGGUGGGUGGUGAGGAAAGCAGUGUUCACCACCACCGCCAACCAGUUUCCUGGGGGGAAACCCUGAGAACUAGUCUGAAUUUCUCAAGAAACCAGUGAAAUUCAAAGAAGUCUAGAAAAGAUACACCAUAUUCUGUUGCUUUUACAUCAGCCAUAACCAUCCUCAUUACCUCAUUACAGUCCAGGCUUGGUAUGACGGUUUGUGUGGCAGUUACAAUUGUAUGAUUUGACCAAACUGUGUUAAAACAGAAUUGUCAUUUAAAACCUCCCUACGGCCUUUGGGUUGCAUUUGACACUCAAAUUAAAGGGGGUUUGAAUAGCUCACAAGUAUUCUCAACCGUAUGUACAGCGUGUUCUUAUAUUACUAUGUAUACAAAUAUUUAGAGUUUUGUACAGACAGCUAUUUUGCAAGUGUUUGAGGCUGAUGCAACAUAUACUUUACUAUUCCACAACUUCAAAUUGGAGUGUCUGUAAAUCUAUAUAUCCAUAUAUAAAUCCACACGAGUAAAUAUGAAUUAUAUCUGAGUAAAACCCCUAAAACCUUACACUAUUACUCACUAGUUAGUGAUAUGUCUUGUAGUGCACCUAUAUCACAGCCCGAAGGUGGACAUGUGUUUUUGAAAGUUUCAGAAACUUAAAAGAUUAUGGAUUAAAAAAAUGAUUUUAUCAAAAAAGGAUACACAAUGCAUUGCAGAAAAAUGUAUGCCCCUUAUAUUUUUUUUCAGAUUUUGUCACAUUAAGGUUUUUGUAUUUUAUUUGGAGUCUAUAUGUUAACUAGUGGGCCGUGCCCAUUUACACUUUUGCCACACUACUGUUGCCUUCCGAUGAGAACAAAACUAAACUUUUUGGCAUUUUUCCGAAUUGUAUGUGUUGAAAACAUCACCUUGAACCAACUCUCCCAAUGAUGAAGCAUGGUGGUAGGAGCAUCAUGCUGUGGAAUGAUUUAUUUUUUUACUCAAAGAAGCUGGUGAAAGUUAAUAUGAAGAUGGACGCAGGGUCCUCUAGGAGGAAAACCUGUUGGACUGGGGCAGAGGUCCAUCUUCCUGCAGAACAACACGCUAAACAUCAAGUCAGAGCUGCAAUGCAAUGGUGUAGAUUGCAGCUUUUUUAUGUGUUAGAAGGGUCCAGGUUGGUUGUAAUGUGACAAAACAUGAAAAAAAAGAGUAUAAAGGGUAUAAUUCCUUUUGCCAGGCACUGUAACCUGAUUUGUUUUUGUUCUGAUAAGAUACAUUUGUUUGAAAGGGGGGGGGGGAAGUGAUCUGCAGUUAGAAAUUUCAUGAACACUAUAGAUGUUUUCUGGACUCCAAACACAAGGAUCUAUGUCUGCUCCUAACCAAAGAGAACAAAUUCUUCCCUGUAUAUUUUGAGCAAACAAACGUGGUUGUUCAAGGCGUGUGUGUGUGUGCGCGUGUGAAGAUGCGGCUUUGUGGUUACCGGCGCUGCAAGCUUCAUGACCAAAUGGUGCUGGCCAGCAGCUGCAGUGCAGAGUGACUGCGACCCUGCAUGAGCUCGUGAAGUGAUGCACACGGAUGUUUGUGACGCCGCACAUCCGCACUUACACCGGCUGCGCUGGGGUCAGCAAAGUGCAGUUUAUAUUUGCUGCUUUAGGUUUCCGUUUUUGGUGUUCGAUGAACUUUAACAUGUGAUGGACUCGUUUGAGUGCGUUUUUCUUUGGUCAAAGUCCCUAAAACAAGCUGAAUUUACAGUUUACUCAGGAUAGAAGGAAUUAAAAACUGCAGUGCAGAUCAGUUUUGGGUUUGCUUUUUUUUUAAAUGAAACUUCCCUUGGAAUUCUGCUCAGAAACUCUCAGGAGACAAACAAUGUGAUCCUUUAAAAAGUGUUAGAGCAAAACUAAAGGAAAAAAGGAAAAAGUUUUCAUAUUCUUGUAAAGCUCCACUCAUCUAUAAGUACCUAUGUAAGUCAGGUUGUUGUUUUUUUUUUUCUUUUUUCUGUGGAGUAAACUUAAGCGCACACUGAGACCUCAGCCCUAAUGGACUCCCCACAACACUAAUGAGAAAUAAUGUUUGUGUGUUUAAUUAAUGUGUGGAGUAACAGCACCACUGGCAUUCAAGGAUUCUAAUAUAUAGAUGGAAGAAGAAAUCUGCCACGUAGGUCUAUAAAAUGUCUGUUUUCUUUUAAAUAUCUGUAAAUAUUCCUGUCAAUAAACUUGCACUGAAAUGA